UUAAUUCGUGUGUAAAUUAAUUUCAUUUUCACUGAAAGGACAUUUAAUUAUUCAUGUUGUUUGUACAACAAACAAACAUUAAGAAAACACUUUGUCUAAGGCAGCUUUACAAAAUGUAUCAAUUUGAUGGAGUAAGUUCGAAGGAACAUUUUCGGAAACCGAUGGAUAUACACAGACCGAGAUCCAAGUCAGAAGGGCUGGUGAAAAGGAGUUUAGAUUUUGUACGAGUGUAUUCCGAUGUUGAUUUACACAAGACAGAACAACAUCUCGAGGCCGAGAUCCGGCGGGAGAGCUGCAUUCCACCACGGGAUAAGAAAGUUGCAAGGCUGCGGUUGAAGGGUGAGCGUAUGUUACAUAGUAAAUUCGUCCUCCUCACCAUUGUCGUGCUCAAUCUCGUAGACUGUGCUCUUGUCCUCGGUGAACUCAUUCUCGAUAUACACUUUAUCAGAGAAUUUCGGACCAAGUCUGAUGAGUCUUCACAACAGUUUAUUGACACUUUGCAAACACGGUACCCAGAACACCUACAUGGUCAUAAUAUCGAUCACAUGGAUCUACUUUAUGCUCAGCUAUCUCUUGCUCAAUGUCAUUGGCACGACACGUCUCCUGAAAAAGUGACGUCAUCAAGUCUACAUAGAUUUUUAAAUGAUACACAACGACGUGAACGAGGUUCGGAGGUUAUACCGCUAAACAAUAUUCAUGGACCUCAGUCGGGUCCGAGCUACACGAUUAAAGAAGAGGCGAUGCAUAAAAACGAUUCAAAAAGUGUAUAUGCCCUCAACAGCAAGCCAUGGAAUCAUACCACGCAUUCUUUGAAUCACACCAAACAGUAUGGAAAUCACGCUGGGCACUCUGGAAAUGACACCGAACACUCACAUGGGGACCAUGGCCAUCAUCGCGAGCACAGUAUAUGGGAACACGUGGCACAUGGCAUGCAUAAAGCCAGUAUUACCAUAUUAGGAAUUCUCUUUGUGGAGAAUUUCACUAAACUGAUUUGCAUGGGAAGAGCGUUCUUAAUAAAGAAAUUAGAGGUGUUCGAUUCUUUAGUUGUAUUUAUAUCGUUUGUUGUGGACCUGGUAUUGCUGAAAGGUCUGAUGGAGUACAGAGUCCAAGACGCUGUGUUUAUCUUAACUUUCCUUCUUCCCUGGAGAGUUAUUCGAGUCGUCAACAGUUUGAUUGUUGCAAUACUGGAUCAUGAACAUUUCCGUUUGAAGAUGCUCUACCAGGAAAAGAAGGCUGUAACUGCUGAACUAAAAUCGCUGAAAGCAAAGGAGAAAGGAUGGGAUUUUCAUUUAAAAAAGAUAGAGCAUUUUUGUGAAAGUGAAGGUAUUCCGAAAUGGAAGAUCAGACAACAUACAGCAAUGGGAAGAAAGCAGUCAACAAUUACUACAAUGGCGUCGCUUGCUCUAAAUGGCUUCCUAAAAGGCAUGGUAUUGAGUCCGUCAGACAAGGUUUUGCUCGACAAGUCGCUGUCACUAAGUUCCCAGGAUACUCCCUCUAGUCUUGGAAUAAUAUCAGAAACCGAUACUGGAGAGGAGGACGAUCUUACAAUUGUUUCACGUCAAACAAAUCGUACCGAUAGCGAUCUAUCCUUUGUGACGUCAGAUGAAAGUGGAAAAGAUGACGACGAUUUCUCGAGAAAUGCGACAGUAGAAAAUGUGCAUAUGGAAAACCAUGGAGAGGAGGGACACGUACAUGGUAUUAUCAAAAAUGCAUCGAAAGUGACACUGAAGAGCGUUACAUUCUCGCCAAAGGAACGGAAACCUCUGAUACAUAGACAGGAUUCGGUCGAUUCCAGGGACGUCAGUUCUGUAGACGAAGAUGAUAGCUUUACAGGCUGGAAAUAAUAUGUGAUUGGUAUUUUCGGAUGUGAAAUAACGAAAUGUAAAAUUUCAAGAAUGGCAAUAAACGGUGCUUUUUUAUAUUUAAACACGGUUAGCUUGCAUGAAUAAUUUUUGCGAGGAUGCGUUAAAGAAGUUUAUAUUUACAUGAGCUUUAAUAAAUGCACUGUAGUAUCAAAAUGAAAACUUUGCGAGAUAUAAGUUUUCAAAAGGAUUCAAACCUUUUAGCGACAGCUAAGCCGAUCAGGUUUUACAUAACGCAUGGAAUUUGUGUACAUGUUUGUAUGUGUAAGGCACUAUUUUCCAUAACGUCUUUAUGUCAUGUUUUCGCUUGUAUAUGAGCUUUACACACGAUCUUUACUGCCAUAUACCAAAUCGUUCUUGGUGAAAUCCUCAUGCUGUCAAAACGGUAGUUUCGUAUCUUUAAAGUUGUAGACGGAGAGAGACGCUGCUUUUUUUCAUUUUCGGUUUAAUUUAAUUUGAGGUGCUGAUAAACCAGCCCUUUUUUUACGCUGAUUUUGGGGCCGAAAUUCGGCCCCAUUCCCCAGGCAAAAUAAUAUACUUUUAUCCCCAACUGCACUAAAAAAUUCCCCAAAUGCAAGUCGUUUUUAUCAGCGAAAAUUUCCACCGCCGAUGGAUUAAUAGGUCUGAAUGUAUAUGCGUUCAAAACACCGCUUCAAGAAACGCCGCAAUCGGAACAUCUCAGAUAUUACCGUUAGCGUCGGUCAUCGGGAAUUUCACUUUCCAGAAUUUCUGAUUCGCGGAUAUAUUUAUCUACAACAAUCCGAUUCGUGGAUAUAUUUAUCUAAUAACAAGCCGAUUGGCGGAAGCAAUGAACGAAAAAAUCUGGAAAUAUUGUUAAGUCGAACGGCUUACAAACAAUUUGCGCGACCGUGAAAUGAUUUCAGUCGACGCGAAGAUUUCAGUCGCGUUCAUUUCAGUCUACGCGUAAACAUUUCGGUCCGCCCAUUUCCGCUCGCGUUAGUUAAAUUUCAGUGAAGGAAGUUUGAGAUAUAAAUGAACUAAAGCAGUUCGUUUGGUUCUUUCACGUGCCCAAUGUAAAGCAUUGAUACACGGGGAUGGAUUUUUUAAAGCACCUCCCAAGAGCUUCAAAACAAAGUGCUAAUCAUACCUUUAGGUGGUAUUUUUUCGCUAUACAGUAAUAUGUAUGAAAAUGAUUGUAAAUUGAGAUUUAUAUAUAAUGCAAUUAAAAGCAUUUAAAAAGCUUUUUAAAAGUCAUAAAAUAAAAAAGGACAACUCUAUUUUUGAUAAAUGACCUUAUAUUAAGUUUGAAAUACAAAGGCCAAAAAGAACUAAAUAUUAAUGCUUUAUAAACAUCUAAGUAGUGAAAAAUGCACAUUAAAGGGAGAUAAUUCAAAAAUGGCAAACUAUUAAAGGAAUAAUUUCAUACAUUGAGCAAUUACUUUAGCUUUGAAAUGAAAGUGUUCUUGAAAAAUGAUUUAAACAUUUUAAUGAGAAGAUUAAAAACUAUUUUUGAUUCAAUGUGAUAUUAGGAUGAAAUGGUUCAAGGGCAAAUUGCUUGGUUAAAGUAUAAAAUGAAAAAGAGAUUUAAAAAAAAUAAUGGCUUCUAAUUCUGGCACUUUAGGGUAUGAAAUGGUCCCAAGAUUUUGCAAUUGGCUUAAGUCAUGGCUAAAAGUGUGAAAGAGCCAGGGGAGGCCUUGAUCUUACUCAAUCUGUGUUGUUGUUUUAUAUAUAUAUAUAUAUAAAAAUUCCCCAAUUUGGUAUUUUACGACACAAAUUUCCCCUUCUGAAAGGACCCGCCACCCUUCCCCAAAACCAUAAAAAAGGGGCUGUAAACAGAGGUUUUUGUGUCUUCAAUAAUAAAAAAAAGAGAGAGAGAGAAUGAGAGAGGGAGAGAGAGAAAGAGAGAGUGGGUAGGGAGGUGAGCGUCUUUCAGACGCGGUGAAACUUGUCCGCUAUUAGAAUCACUAACAUUAUAUUCGUAUGUUCUGUAUUCUUGAAUUGUAUACUUGCUUUUAUGUGAGACGAUAUUCCAAAGAGCUCAGAAUGCGUUUGUUAACAAAUCGUCUUUUAUAAGAUGUUUUCCACAAUAAGAUUCAUGAUAUUUAAGUAUUUUGUCGCCUUUUGUUAUAAAACAUGUAUAAAUUUCAGAGCAACUGCUAUAUCUGAUUAAGAUUAAUGUAAAAGUUUGGGAAAUAUUUAUGUAAUGUAUAUUUGAACUAUUGUUACACAGUUUAAUAAGUACAUUAUGACUUA